AUGGAUAACCUUCAAGGAGCUUGCACCAACAGAUUACUUAUCGAGUUCCAACUCUUAUCAGAUAAAAAGAAGGUCUUGCAUGGAAGACCAUGGUCUUUUGACCGUUACCUUGUCUGCCUAAAGGACUUCGAUGGAGAGCUAUCUCCAAAUGAGGUGCAGUUCUCAUCAGAACCCUUCUGGGUUCAAGUCCAUAACCUCCCUUUCGUAGGUAUGACUAAAAUAUUAGGGGAGAUGAUUGGUGCAAUCAUAGGCAAGGUGCACACUAUGGAGGUUGAUGCCCAGGGGUGUGGAUGGGGUAGUUUUCUAAGACUCAAGGUGGAUGUGGAUGUCACCAAGCCUUUGAAACGAGGCCCAAUGAUCAACCUUGGUGGUAAACCAUGUUGGACUUAUUUCAAAUGCGAACAUCUACCUAAUUUAUGCUUCAAGUGUGGCCUACUGAAGCACAAGUAUGGAGGCUCACCUAAAGUUUCCUUUCAAGGACCUGCAUUUCGGGAGCAAUCAGAGGAGGAAGGUAACAUGGACACUGGUAAUGGGCAGUCUCAAUCAGCAGUAGAGGUAGAGGCCUCAAGUCAGAAAAUCCCAUCUUGUUUCAAGGAACCUGUCACGACCCAGCCUUUCUCUAGCCAAACCAACCAGGAUAGCAACUUGUCCUCUGUGCAAACCUGUAGUCCAAUGAGCUUGUCUAAGGAUCCCCUCUUUCUCGGGAUUCCUGUUGUGCCAACUAAAGCUUGUCCUUUGCCUUCUGGAGGUGCAGAGAAAAUGUCAGUCACAUAA